ACCCCGUGCCAGCCUUCAAGUCGUGGCAGGAUGAGAGUGACUCUGGUGAGGCCCAGCUGUCCCCCCUGGCCGGGCGCAUGGUGCCCCUGCCCCACGAGGAGGACUCCCAUCCCCUCAUGGCCCGCUGCUUCAUGGACUUUGGCCACAGCCAACGCUUCCUGCAGCACCCUGACGCAACCUCGCCCACUAAAGCCCACCAGUCCCUGGGGAGGUGAGAACACACUCUGACUCACUCAUCAGGAAUGGUUAUUUAUAUAGACAUGAUGGGCGACAUUGAUGUUUUCCUGUUUAGUUAUUCUAUCUUAUAAACAGUGUUUAUUAGCUAGGAUUUUGCAUUGAGGCUUCAGGUGCAGGGUCACCACCUCUCUCUCGCUCUCGCGCUCUCUUUCUCUGUCUCUCUCUCUCUCUCUUUCUCUCUCUCUCUCUCUCUCACCUGUCUCAUCUAGGCCUCACCGUGCCUCCUUCACUUCCAAAGAGAGCGCUGUGAGGAACGACCCUGUCUCCCACCAGCUCACCAAAAAGCUACAGAACCUCAAGAAGAAGAUCAAACAAUUUGAGGAACAGUUUGAGAAAGAGAGGAACUACAAGGUUAGAUACAGUGCAUUCGGAAAGGAUUCAGACCCCUUGACUUCUUCCACGUUUUGUUAUGUUACAGCCUUAUUCUAAAAUGGAUUAUAUUGUUUUUAUCCCUCAUCAAUCUACACACAAUACCCCAUCAUGAGAAAGCAAAAACAUGUAUUUAGAAAUGUGUGCAAAUGUAUAAAUAAAAUAACAACUGAAAUAUCACAUUUACAUACUGUGCAUUCGGAAAGUAUUCAGAUCUCUCGACUUUUUCCACAUUUUGUUACGUUACAGCCUUAUUCUAAAAUUGAUUAAAUUGUUUUUUUCCCUGAUCAAUCUACACACAUUACCCCAUAAUGACAAAGCAAAAACUGUUUUUUAGACAUAUUUGCAAAUGUAUUAAAAACAAAAACCGGAAAUAUCACGUAAGUAUUCAGACCCUUUACUCAAUACUUUGUUGAAGCACCUUUGGCAGCGAUUACAGCUGUCUUCUUGGGUAUUAUUAUUAUUAUUAUUUUUGUCAUUUAACAGACGCUCUUAUCCAGAGCGACUUACAGUUAGUGAGUGCAUACAUUAUUUUUAUUUUUCAUACUGGCCCCCCGUGGGAAUCGAACCCACAACCCUGGCGUUGCAAACGCCAUGCUCUACCAACUGAGCUACAUCCCUGCCGGCCAUUCCCUCCCCUACUCUGGACGACGCUGGGCCAAUUGUGCGCCGCCCCAUGGGUCUCCCGGUCGUAUGACGCUACAAGCUUGGCACACCUGUAUUUCGGGAGUUUCUCCCAUUCUUCUCUGCAGAUCCUCUCAAGCUCUGUCAGGUUGGAUGGGAAGCGUCGCUGCACAGCUAUUUUCAGGUCUCUCCAGAGAUGUUCGAUCGGGUUCAAGUCCGGGCUCUGGCUGGGCCACUCAAGGACAUUCAGAGACUUGUCCCAAAGCCACUCCUGCGUUGUCUUGGCUGUGUGCUUAGGGUUGUUGUCCUGUUGGAAGGUGAACCUUCGCCCCAGUCUGAGGUCCUGAGCGCACUGAAGCAGGUUUUCAUCAAGGAUCUCUCUAUACUUCGCUCUGUUCAUCUUUCCCUCGAUCCUGACUAGUCCCCGCCGCUGAAAAACCUCCCCACAGCAUGAUGCUGCCACCAACGUGCUUCACCGUAGGGAUGGUGCCAGGUUUCCUCCAGACGUGACGCUUGGCAUUCAGGCCAAAGAGUUCAAUCUUUUUUGGUACCCUUCCCCAGAUCUGUGCCUCGACACAAUCCUGUCUCGGAGCUCUACGGACUAUUCCUUCGACCUCAUGGCUUGGUUUUUGCUCUGACAUGCACUGUCAACUGUGGGACCUUAUAUAGACAAUCAAUUGAAUUUACAGCAGAUGGACUCCAAUCAAGUUGUAGAAACAUCUGAAGGAUGAUCAAUGGAAACAGGAUGCACCUGAGCUCAAUUUCGAGUCUCAUAGCAAAGGGUCUGAAUAGUUAUGUAUUUUCUAUACAUUUGCAAAAACAUCUAAAAACCUGUUUUCGCUUUGUCAUUAUGGGGUAUUGUGUGUAGAUUGAUGAGAAAAAAAAUUACAAGAAUGUAAUCAAUUUUAGAAUAAGGCUGUAACGUAACAGAAUUUGGAAAAAGUUGAGGGGACUGAAUACUUUCUGAAUGCACUGUAGAUACUGCAAUUUGAGGAACAAGUUAGUUCUUAGAAUAAAUGCACAGGAUGUCAUCAGCUGGGAGGAUGCCAUUCAUCAUCAGUAUUCACUGUCCUCUCCCCAGCCGUCUCAUGGUGAUAGUGCAGCUAACCCAAAGGUCCUCAAGUGGAUGACCGACCUCACCAAAAUCCGCAAACAGUUAAAAGGUAAGAGGAGUCUCUAAGUCUGCAUGGUUGUGUUGGGGGGAGUGGGAGGGUGCUUGGUUCCAUGCCAGGGGUGGGGUGGGUUGGGCUCGACUGGGCGGAUAAACUUUUGUGUGCCAUCCUGUUCCUCCCCUUGGCAGCCUGGUCCUGCCCUGACCCGCCUGCCUGACUGCCCAGGCCAGUGGGGGCAGAGCUGGGUCAGUCUCUCAUCAAUGCAUGGGUAUUACAGUACACACCAACUGUGGCUCUAACAUAAUGGCCUUCCCUCUCUGUGUUGGUCCAUUGUGUAAGUCCCCCCCAUCCAUCUAUAUUCAUUCCAUUUGAACGCCCCCCCAAUCGGGAGAUGCAAAGCCGAAUAAGUUUCUCUCUCUUCUUUAAAAUUCUAAAACCGGACAUCCCCCAUCUGCAGGAAGACAGCAUCUCUUUCCCAAAGGGUCCUUGAGGCACCAGGCGGUGCUUCAGUCAUACAGACGCCACCACCCCUCCACCUCCUCCGCCCCGAACACACCCCAUUUUACACUUGCACGCCCCCUCACUGCCUCUAAACAGACACCCUACCUAUGUAAGUACACUAACAGCAGUAAGUAGAAACCAAAAAUACUUCCAACUGAAGGUAGACUCUCUGUUCUUUCUCUUCUCUCUCUCGCUUCUCUUCUCUCGCUCUCUUCUCUCUCUCUCUUCUCUCUCUCUCUCUCUCUCUCUUCUCUCUCUCUCUCUUCUCUCUCUCUUCUCUCUCUCUCGCUCUCUCUCUCUCUCUCUUCUCUCUUCUCUCUCUCUCUCUCUCUCGCUUCUCUUCUCUCUCUCGCUCUCUUCUCUCUCUCUCUUCUCUCGCUUCUCUUCUCUCUCUCUCUCGCUUCUCUUCUUUCUCUCUCUCUCUCUCUCUCAAUUCAAUUCAAUUCAAUUCAAAGGGCUUUAUUGGCAUGGGAAACAUAUGUUUAAAUUGCCAAAGCAAGUGAAGUAGACAAUAAACACAAGUGACGAGCUCCACUGGUAACACAGAAGCACAUCCCACAGUGUCUGGGGUUUGGCAGUAUGUCAUGUACUGUGUAGUGGUGUAAACAGGGUGGGAGUUUCUUUAGCCACAGUGUGGAAGCUGGAUUCCAACAGUGUUAUUACUUUGAAUGGACAUGGUCCUUGAGAACAUGCCUUUUAGAACAUUGCAAAAUUAAUUUCGUAUGCUCUUGUGGCUUCAGACAGACAGACAGACCUGUAGCAGUGGCUAGUCUGGUGUGUUUGUGUCUGUGGGCAUAUGGUUGUUUGUCAGGGCUAUCCCCUUUCUCUGUCUCUGGCAGACAGACAGAAGGACUCAUGGUAGCUGCAAUAACAGCCCAUCAAGCUCCUGCAUGUCCCCUGUUAAUAUGUUAAUUAACCCCUCUGUUCCUCAGUUACCCUCAUGUCUCUUCUCUCUCCCUCUCAGAUGCCAAACACAAGGAGGCUGAGCUGACCCCUCAGACGCGGCCACGCAGCAACACCUUGCCCAAGAGCUUUGGUUCCACCCUGGACCAGGCAGGCCACGAUGUUGGUGGAGAGGCCAAGGGCCACCGACCCACCAGAGAGGACACCCUGAACCUCAUCCAGCGCCGUGUCAAGGGCAAGAGAGAGGAGGACGGCUGGCCAGAGGACACCAAGGUGAGACGGGGGGCAAAAUACACUGUCUUAGAGAGGCCAUACAGACACAAUACACACCUAGCUACAACCAGAUAGUGAACUGAGUUCUGUCCUGAAACUUAAGGAUCCCUGUGAUAGCUGGAUAGCCAUAAGAGCCAAUGUAUGGUUAUUUCUCUCCCUGUAGAAAAUGACCAAGGAGCAGCUGUCGUGUGAGAAGACGGUCCUACAGAAGAACCUACUGCACUACGAGGGACUGCAUGGUCGACCUGUGACCAGAGAGGAGAGGCUAGUGGUCAAACCGCUGUACGACCGCUACCGCCUGGUCAAGCAGAUGCUCACCCGCGCCAGCAUCACCCCGAUCAUCGCUUCCCCCUCCAGCAAGCGACGCAACCAGACCCUGCAGCCCAUCAUCGAGGGAGAGACGGCCCACUUCUGUGACGAGAUCAAGGAGGAGGAGGAGGGUGAGGUGGAGGAAGAAGAGGCUACAGCCGAGGAGGCGGAGGUGGAGGAAGAGGAGGCCACAGCCGAGGAGGAGAGCAGCGUGGAGGUCCAGAGCUUGGGGUCAGAGGUGAUCAUGGCUCUAGACCCAGUGUUCCAGCCCAAGAUCAGCUCCCAGAGAGACAGAGACAGCCUGCUCAGGCCCAAGAUGGAGGAAACCUCCGGGAAACUGGCCCUGGACCUGCGCCUGUCCAGCUCCAACGCUUCGUCAAUGUGAGCAUACACACCUACACACACACACACACACACAACCGUCACCUCUGAAUGCCACUACACUCAAUUCACAACAGCCUCCUCAUUCCUCAAUAAUCUGACACAGUCACCAGUGUAACUCUGCCAUGUAGUUUACUACACAUCCAAACCUAAACAUUCGGCUGUGGAGGUUAAAUGGGCUCUGGCUGUCAUAUGACGUCUAUUUAAAGCACCUGGAACAGGGUUGAUGGCUAUUAGAGGGGCUGGUCUGAGGAGUUUAAGAUGGAUAAGGCAGUAAUCUGGCUAGGGGAGUGAGGGAGCACAUAGCCCCGGGUAAGCAGAGAGAGAUGCCAGGCCAGGCCAGCUUUAAGCCCAGGCAGCAGAGAGAGAUGCCAGGCCAGGCCAGCUUUAAGCCCAGGCAGCAGAGAGAGAUGCCAGGCCAGGCCAGCUUUAAGCCCAGGCAGCAGAGAGAGAUGCCAGGCCAGCUUUAAGCCCAGGCAGCAGAGAGAGAUGCCAGGCCAGGCCAGCUUUAAGCCCAGGCAGCAGAGAGAGAUGCCAGGCCAGGCCAGCUUUAAGCCUGCUGCCACGCCAGCUUUAAUCCCAGGCAGCAGAGAGGGCUGCCACGCCAGCUUUAAAUCCAGGUAGCAGAGAGGGCAGCCAAGCCAGGCCAGCUUGAAGCCCAGGCAGCAGAGAGGGCUGCCAGGCCAGGCCAGGCCAGGCCAGCUUUAAGCCCAGGCAGCAGAGAGGGCUGCCAGGCCAGCUUUAAGCCCAGGCAGCAGAGAGGGCUGCCAGGCCAGCUUUAAGCCCAGGCAGCAGAGAGGGCUGCCAGGCCAGGCCAGCUUUAAGCCCAGGCAGCAGAGAGGGCGGCCAGGCCAGGCCAGCUUUAAGCCCAGGCAGCAAGGCUGGUUCAGGUGCUGUGACCCUAGGCAAAGAUUAUCUAUUAUAUUGACAAGAUAGCAGAGUGACCGCUCUAAUGGAAAUACAUGUCCUCAAUAAUUGAAGGCAGGCUAGCCAAUAAGUGGGCAGAUACGCAUGUGAACAACAGGCACAACUAAGUCGUUUUUCUCAAAGUUGCCGGAAUGCCACAUGCAUCCACUUAUAUCAGUACAUUUGUAACAGCCUAAACCCCCCCCAAACUCAACUCUGGACCUAGAAGCCAGUUCCACGCCAUUUCUAAUCAGGGACUGAUUUAGACAGGUACAAUUAAUGAUCAGGUAGAACAGAAAACCAGCAGGCUCCGGACCUAGUAGGGUAUGAGUUGAGUAACCCUGGCCCUGAACAUUACGAAACUUCUAUUCUAUCAAAUAAUUUGACACUCUCAUAGACCUCCAUACAAAAAAAGGGCUUAUCUCACGUGGACAGAUUUUCGGCAUAGUAAAUCGUUUCGCUUCGCUUCUUCCUCUCUGCCCUAGGUCCUGACCUGACCUAACCUACCCUAACCUAACCUGACCUCUGUAAUCUGGUCACUACCUAACCUAACCUGACCUCUGUAAUCUGGUCACUACCUGACCUAACCUGACCUCUGUAAUCUGGUUACUACCUAACCUAACCUGACAUCUGUAAUCUGGUCACUACCUGAUUUAACCUAACCUGACCUCUAUAAUCUGGUCACUACCUGAUUUAACCUAACCUGACCUCUAUAAUCUGGUCACUACCUGACCUAACCUGACCUCUAUAAUCUGGUCACUACCUGACCUCUGUAAUCUGGUCACUACCUAACCUAACCUGACCUCUGUAAUCUGGUCACUACCUGACCUAACCUGACCUCUGUAAUCUGGUCACUACCUGAUUUAACCUAACCUGACCUCUGUAAUCUGGUCACUACCUGACCUAACCUAACCUGACCUAUGUAAUCUAGUCACUACCUAACCUGACCUCUGUAAUCUGGUCACUACCUGACCUGUUUGCCAGGGCAACAGCACGGUCACUUCCUGCUUCUAAACACACUCUGACGUCCUGUUUUAAUCUCAGAUGAGACCCAUUAAGAGAUAUAUAUAUAUAUAUAUAUAUACAUACAUACAUACUGUAUAUACACACACACACACACUGUGUUCUACAUUUAAUUCUAUGAUGAAACCCCUGGUUGAGAUUGUCAUGAUGACCCCUCCUGUAUGUCUCCCUCUACAGGCCUGAGCUCCUGGAGCAGCUGUGGAAGACCCGGGCUGAGAAGAAGCAGCUAAGGAACACCAUCCGCCAGUUUGAGGAUGAGUUCUACCAGCAAAACGGCAGGUCGGUAUGGUCACACACACCUGCAUACAGUGCAUUCUGAAAGUAUUCAGACCCCUUGACUUUUUCUACAUUUUGUUAGGUUACAGCCUUAUUUUAAAAUUGAUUAAAUUAUUUUUUUUCCUCAUCAAUCUACACACAAUACCCCAUAAAGACACAGCGAAAACAGGUUUUUAGAAAUGUUUGCAAAUGUAUUACAAAUAAAAACAGAUACCUUAUUUACAUAAGUAUUCAGACCCUUUGCUAUGAACAUUGAAGGUCCCCAAGAACACAGUGGCCUCCAUCAUUCUUAAAUGGAGAAGUUUGGAACCACCAAGACUCUUCCUAGAGCUGGCCGCCCGGCCAAACUGAGCAAUCGGGGAGAAGGGCCUUGGUCAGGGAGGUGACCAAUAACUCAAUGGUCACUCUGACAGAGCUCCAGAGUUCCUCUGUGGAGAUGGGAGAACCUUCCAGAAGGACAACCAUCUCUGCAGCACUCCACCAAUCAGGCCUUUAUGGUAGAGUGGCCAGACGGAAGCCACUCCUCAGAAAAAGGCACAUGAGUUUGCCAAAAGGCACCUAAAGGACUCUCAGACCAUGAGAAACAAGAUUCUCUGGACUGAUGAAACCAAGAUUGAACUCUUUGUCCUGAAUGCCAAGCGUCACAUCUAGAGGAAACCUGGCACCAUCCCUACGGUGAAGCAUGGUGGUGGCAGCAUCAUGCUGUGGGGAUGUUUUUCAGCGGCAGGGACCGGGAGACUAGUUAGGAUCGUGGGAAAUAUGUACGGAGCAAAGUACAGAGAGAUUCUUGAUGAAAACCUGCUCCAGAGUGCUUAGGACCUCAGACUGGGGCUGUUUUUGCUUUGUCAUUAUGGGGUAUUGUGUGUACAUUGAUGGAAAAAAAACUAUUUAAAUAAGGCUGUAAUGUCACAAAAUGUGAAAAAAGUCAAGGGGUCUGAAUACUUUACGAAUGCAAUACAGUGAUGCUGAAGCUUUAGAACCUGAGUCAUCCCCCCACCAUGACAGAGGAAGCGCUUGGGUUGUCUCAGACAGGAGCACUGUCUUAUUUACAACAACAGUUUGUUUGUUUAUGAUUGUUCAGCCUUCCGACGCAGUAAACAACCGGCACAUAUCCAACUGGUGUCUCAGACCUUCUCUCUUUCCCUCUACAGGAACUUCCAGAAGGAGGACAGGCUCCACAUGAUGGACGAAUACAAAGAGUAUAAACGGAUCAAAGCCAAGCUGCGCCUGCUGGAGGUGCUCAUCAGCAAGCAGGACUCCUCUAAGUCUAUC